AUGGCUGUCGCCUUUGUACAUUCGCACGGCUAUGUGCACGGAGAUAUACACCUUCGGAACGUCUUGGUAAAAUUGCCAUCGACACUCGACCAACUCGCAAUCGAUCAAUUCAGGCAGAAGUAUGGCGAGCCUGAGACUAUUCCUGUUACCCGUGUUAAUGGAGGGCCGCUUCCGCCCAACAUACCACCUCGCGCGGUCGUACCGUUGUACCUCGGAAAAAAGGCUCAAGAAUUCACUCUCUCCGAUGCGCGUGGCCUUGUUCUUAGCGACUUUGGCGAGGCCUUCGCACCAGGCACAGAGCAGCGUCUCGGUAAGGACUGUAACACGCCUCUGGCAAAAAGAGCACCUGAGGCUCUUUUUGAACCCGACAGGCCGCUAUCGUAUUCGUCAGACAUAUGGAGUCUCGGGACUGCUAUCUGGGAGAUCCUGGGUAUGAAGUUCAUCUUCAGCGAGUCAGAAACACAGGAUGAGAUUGUGGCUCAGCAGAUUGACGUCCUAGGUUCCCAAAACUUUCCCUCGAGCUGGCGGAAACACUGGGAACGAGCGAACACAGAGGAAGAGGACGGGAUGGGAGAAAUCCCAUCUCGGCCCGUGGGAGAUCGGGAAGCUUGGCCUCCUCUUGAAGAGGCGUUUGAAGAAUUUGUGCAAAAAUACAGAAGGAAACGAGAGACGGCAGGGACUUUUGAGGAUGAAGAGGCGCGAGCGAUCCUUGACUUGAUGCGAGGCAUGCUUAAGUUUUGGCCGGAGGAGAGAUUAACGAUAGACAAAGUACUUGAAAUCUGA